AUGUCUUUGCCUCGCGCCACAUCGUCGGUCUCGACAAGCAUGUUCCGAUUCGCCGCCGGCGGUGCCCCUCGUGUCCAAUGCCAACAAUGUCUGCGUCCUGCAUUUGGUACCACACAGCCUGCUCUCCGCUUCUCUUCGCGACGAAACCUGCAAACCGCCACUGCCUACCGCCCUUACUCGCUGGAUCCCAUGCCCUCGCCGCGCAACGCUGGUGUACCCGAGACUUCCAUUGCCGGUCUUCCUCCACUUCCGUCUACCUCGUCACGCCAGUCAAAGCCAUCUCCUGCAGCUGAUCAGCCUGUCAGUGUUCCCGAACAAGAGGCUCAAAAGUCCUCGCCCGCAAACACGUCAUCGUCAGCAACCACAUCUGCUUCCACCAAGCCUCAAAGAAAGAGCAAGCUGCGUCCCCGUAAGGCCGCCAUCACACUAUCAUCUUCUGCUGUAUCGCAUUUGCGUGAGCUCCUCGAGCAACCCGAGGCGAAGCUGGUCCGUGUCGGCGUGCGUAACAGAGGCUGCUCGGGACUGGCAUACCAUCUCGAAUACGUGGACAAGGCUGGAGCAUUCGACGAGACGGUUGAGCAAGAUGGUGUCAAGGUUUUGAUCGACUCCAAGGCCCUAUUCAGCAUCAUCGGUUCAGAGAUGGACUGGCUUGAGGACAAGCUGAAUGAGCGUUUCAUUUUCAAGAACCCCAAUAUCACUGAGCAAUGUGGUUGCGGAGAGUCGUUUAGCAUCUCCUAA